GGCGCUUGCCCAAAUUGUCGACUGCCUGGCGCAGCUUUGGGGACCACAAACUGUCCAGCCAAGACAUCAGGUCCGAGCCGUUGCAGAUGGAAAAGGAAUAUCGUUUCCUUGCAGUCCUAUGCCAGGAUCCAGAGGCGAGAGAUUCUUUGGCGUGUCUUUAA